AUGCAUAUUGCUUCCUUCCUCCUGGUCUUGUUGCCAUCAGCCCUCGCGGCUCCUCUCAUCGUCCCCCGCAAUGCUGCUCUCGUUCCAGGCAAAUACAUUGUCAAGAUGAAGCCCGAGGCUUCGAAGAAAGACCUCGAGCAGGCUAAGUCUCUCCUGGCUACGACUCCAGACUUCGAUUACGAUUUCGGAGACUUCAGCGGCUUUGCUGGGAGUGUCUCUGCGGCUACGGUUUCUAAGUUGCAGAAGCUGGAUGCGGUAUCUUGGAUCUCCCAAGAUGCUGUGAUGCACACUCAGGACUGGCUCUUUGAUGAUGGCGCUCCCUGGGGUCUAGGCCGGAUCUCGCAUGAGGAAAAGGGGAACACUACUUAUAUCUAUGACAGCUCUGCCGGAGAAGGCACGUGCAGUUAUGUGAUUGAUACGGGUAUCUUCGUUGGCCAUCCGGAGUUUGAAGGCAGAGCAGAGUGGCUCGCGAACUUCGCCAACGACGACCAGGAUUCGGAUGGAAAUGGCCAUGGCACGCACGUUGCAGGUACGAUUGGAUCGAAGACCUAUGGCGUGGCGAAAAAGACAAAGUUGUAUGCCGUGAAGGUGCUGGAUCGUAGUGGUUCGGGCACUGUCGCGGGUGUCAUUGCGGGCAUCAACUUUGUCGCUCAGGAUGCUCCGAAGCGCAAUUGCCCUAAAGGCGCUGUCGCGAACAUGAGUUUGGGUGGUGCAAAGUCCACUGCCGUUAACGAAGCUGUCGCCGCUGCCGUCGCCGCUGGCGUCUUCUUCGGCGUCGCCGCCGGCAACAAUAACCGCGACGCCGCCAACUACUCCCCGUCCAGCGAAGUCACCGCCUGCACGGUAGGCGCUUCCGACAUCAACGACGCCAAGGCCUCCUUCUCCAACUACGGCGAGCUCGUCGACGUGAUCGCUCCUGGCGUCCAAAUCCUCAGCACCUGGAACGAUGGGAAGACUAAUACUAUCAGCGGAACCAGCAUGGCAACGCCGCAUGUCGUGGGUCUGGCGGCGUAUUUGCUGUCGUUCAAGAACCUGGGUACUGCGCAACUUUGUGAGGCCAUUGCGGAGUUGAGUUUGAAGGAAAAGAUUUCGGGUUUGCCUAAUGGGACGUCGAAUCGCCUGGCGUAUAAUGCGGCCCUUGUGGAGUAG